UGAGGAUCCAAAAGGCUUCACUUCAACCUUUCCUCAUCUCUUUGUUCAGUUCUGGGUUUGUUUGCGACUUCAACUCAUGAGGUCAACGAAAUGUCAAUUUCUCAGUAGGAUGAGGGGGUUUGUUUACGCGUUUCUCGUCCUGGUUCUAUGUGAUUGUGCUGUGGGUGUUGCUAAAGAAUGCACCAACCAGCCUACACAAUCACAUAGCUUUCGGUAUGAGUUAUUGACGUCCGAAAAUCAAACAUGGAAGACAGAGGUGAUGUCACAUGAUCUUUUGACACCAGCAGACGACUCUGCUGGGGAAAGCUUGGUACCAAGGAGAUUCUUGAGGGGCAAAGAGGAGCAAAAUGACUGGGCACUGAUUUCGAGGAGAAUUAAAAGUUUGGGUUUGUUCAAGCCACCAGAAGGGAUCCUCAAAGAAGUGUCUUUGCAUGAUGUGAGAUUGCAUCCGGACACAUUCCACGCCCGGGCACAGCUUACAAAUUUGGAGUAUCUAUUGAUGUUAGAUGUGGACAGGUUGCUUUGGAGCUUCAGGAAGACGGCUGGUUUGCCCGCUUCUGGUACGCCUUAUGGAGGCUGGGAAAGUCCAGACAGUGAGCUCCGAGGUCAUUUUGUUGGGCACUACUUGAGCGCUUCAGCUUUGAUGUGGGCCAGCACACACAAUGAUAGCCUGAAGGAGAAAAUGUCGGUGCUUGUUUCCAAUCUAUCUACCUGUCAGGAGAAACUGGGCACAGGAUAUCUCUCAGCAUUUCCUUCUGAGUUUUUUGAUCGUUUUGAAGAUAUUAAGCCUGUAUGGGCUCCCUAUUACACCAUUCACAAGAUCAUGGCUGGCCUGCUAGAUCAAUAUACUAUGGCUCGAAACCCUCAUGCUCUGAAAAUGGUGACAUGGAUGACUGAAUACUUCUACAGCCGUGUACAGAAUGUGAUUACAAAGUACAGUAUAACUAGACAUUAUCAAUCACUGAAUGAGGAAACUGGAGGAAUGAAUGAUGUCCUUUACAAAUUAUACAGCAUAACAGGAGAUCCUAAGCAUCUCUUGUUGGCUCACCUUUUUGACAAGCCAUGCUUUUUAGGGUUGCUUGCUGUGCAGGCUAAUGACAUUGCAAAUUUUCAUGCUAAUACACAUAUUCCAGUUGUUAUUGGAUCUCAAAUGCGGUAUGAAGUCGCUGGUGAUCCGCUCUAUAAGGAAAUUGGAACAUUCUUUAUGGAUAUCAUUAACUCGUCUCAUAGUUAUGCAACUGGAGGGACAUCGGUCAGUGAGUUCUGGCAUGAUCCAAAGAGAAUGGCAGAGAACCUGAAAACAACCGAAAAUGAAGAGUCAUGCACAACUUAUAACAUGUUGAAGGUUUCACGGAACGUAUUUAGAUGGACCAAGGAGGUAUCAUAUGCAGAUUAUUAUGAGCGUGCUUUAACAAAUGGUGUUUUGGGGAUUCAAAGAGGUACAGAUCCUGGAGUAAUGAUAUAUAUGCUGCCACAAGGUCGUGGAGUAUCCAAGGCUAAAACUUGGCACGGUUGGGGAACAAAGUUUGAAUCUUUCUGGUGCUGCUAUGGAACAGGGAUUGAAUCAUUCUCAAAGCUGGGGGAUUCUAUUUACUUUGAAGAAGGAGGAAAGAACCCUACACUUUACAUCAUUCAGUACAUAUCAAGCUCCCUUAAUUGGAAAUCCAGGGGUGUCAUGCUUAAUCAAACUGUAGUUCCUGCUACUUCAUGGGAUCCUUACCUUAGAGUUACAUUGACGUUUUCUCCUGUAGAGGGGACUGGCACUUCAUCCACGUUGAACUUCCGAAUACCAACAUGGACACAUUUGGAUGGUGCCAAGGCAAUUUUAAACGAUGAGAUUUUACCUCUGCCAUCUCCAGGUAUUUAA